AUGGCAGAGCUCCUGCUACCAGGAAAAGAUGUUGACGAAAGACUGGCUGCGAAAGCAGCCUUGGAGUCUUCUGAAGAAAAGCUUCGAUCCCUUUGUGCAUCGUACGCUGGUACUUUCGUUUCCGUAGAACGCCGAGGUCACGGACUUGAGCAAAAGCUUAGAAAGUUGCUGGAAUCUGCUAAAAGCAUUGAGAGCCGCGUUUCGACUUGCGAGCAUUCCCUAGAGCAAGAGGACGAAAGUGACGGAUCCCUUGCUGCCCUCUCUGAAAAGCAUCGCGUUCGUCGAAGGACGCUACUGCAACAUUCGACCUUAUUGGAGCUAUUGGAACUUCCUUCUCUAAUGGAUGCUUGCGUAAGAUCAAACCUUUACGAGGAGGCCUUGAGCAUCGCGGCAUUUGCAAACACGCUUGAGCGACGUCAUGCUGAGAAAAAUGACGUUGUACUUAAGGUGAUCUCGCAGGUGCGAUCGAGGCAGAGCGACCUUCGUCGUCAUCUUCUUUUCUGUUUGAAAAGUUAUGUGUCAAUGCCACAAUGCCUUGAAAUUGUCACAGCUUUGCGGCGCUUGAAUUCCAUAGACUUGGAACGGCAGUCUGAGUCAAAUCUUGAAAGAGUGCACGGGGCGAUGGAGCUAAGUCUCCAGGUCGACUUUUUGGAGGCACGGGAUGUAUGGCUUGACCAACCGAGCACAAAUGGAGAGUCGCGUCCUGGUUCUGUCGGUGAGGAUGCAUCAAUUCGAGCAGGCUCAGAGCAACUUUUAGAUUCAAUCGAGCGAUAUAGAACAAGAAUGUUUGAAAUUGCGACUCAGUUCAAUGCAAUUUUCCGAGCGCAGGCAAACAGCAGUGCAAUAGCAGCAUCAUUAUUAAAUAUGUGGGCUGUCAGAAGGGUUCGAUCGUUUCUUGCGACGCUCGAGGACCAACUAUGUGUAAUUGACAACUCGGCUUCACUUCGUGAUGCAUUGGAUUCUUGUGUUUUCUUUUCCACUUCAAUGGGGCGAUUAGGGGCUGACUUCACGUCGAGUUUGGCACCUCUCUUCGAAUCCAAAAUGCACUCUCUGGUUGUUGCAUCGUGGACUGAUGGUGUGCAUCAAUUCGCUGAUACUUUGAAGAUUUGCAGGGAUGCUGUCGUCGCUGCGCCGCUUGUUUCGUCGACUGUUGCAGACGCUGUAUCUUCUGAGUAUAUUGCAGAUGGAAGUACACUUCCACCACCACGCCAACUAAUGGCAUUACCUCCACUCGGUCGUCUUGUAAACGCUUUCUUGAGUGGACUGAACGAGUUGCGGCGCUGUCUUUUGCCUGGCAUUUUUCCAAAAUUGCGAAAGUCGUUGCAAGCUGCACUCGUUGAUAUUGAUGCUAUUUUGCAAGCGAACGAGAGAGCAGUUCUCACUCCAGGACUUCGUGGCGACGCAUCUGAGCUGAGACACAUUGCGCGAGAAAUGAAAACUACUAUGAAAGGAAUUGUAACUCCGUAUUUGCAAGGGGCCCUUGAGCAUGCUCUAGGCAAUAAAGAAGGGGCCCGUCGUCAUAACGAUAUGGUCGCUGCUACGAUGACAGAGCCUGUGGGGGGAGAAAUCAUUGACAAGAAGCCUGAAAAGGAUACAGAGGAUGACACGGAAACUUAUUCUACAGAGGUCAAAAAAAGCCUCCCUUAUCAGUCGAAGCUUAUGGAAAACGAAUCAGAAAAGGAGCGAACGGAAGAAUAA